UCUAAUAUAGCUUGCUCUUCUCUUUCUUUCCAACAGGCAUCAGAACCAAAACCUAACCUGUGGUUAAAACUUAUACCUCCUCUGCAACUAAACAGAGGAUCUUGUCUAUAUAAUCCCUUCAACGAUAUGUUCUUUUGUCUACACGCUCAAGCAACAAAGGAAACAUUCGAAGUUCAGACAAAUCUCUGUCAACAAUGAUACAACGAAGCGGAGAAGGUGGCCGUACGAUUCUGGUCGGUGUGAAGCUAGACGCGCCGAGCAGAGAGUUACUCACAUGGGCUUUAGUUAAAGUCGCCGAGCCUGGUGAUACUGUGAUCGCUCUUCAUAUCCUUGGCAACGAGAUUGUUAAGAACUCUUCGCUUCUCUCUUUGGUGAAAACAUUCGACUCUGUUCUCGACGUUUACGAAGGCUUCUGCAACUUAAAACAGGUUGAUCUGAAGCUGAAGCUGUGCCGUGGCGACUCUGCUCGAAAGAUCAUAGCUAGAGAAGCGAGAUCGUUCUGUGCGUGGAAAGUUAUAGUUGGGGUUUCAAAAACUCACCACACGAUUCGCUCAUCAGCUUCUUUAGCUAAGUACUUGGCUAAGAAGCUGCCAAAGGAGUGCUGGGUUCAUGCUGUGAACAAUGGUAAAGUUGUGUUUCAAAGAGAAGGUUCUCCUCCAUCAUUGGACAUUAAUCAUUCUCAAGGGAAGGAAGAUGUUAGGAGGAACACUUUGUUGAGUGUGCUUCAGAGAUCUGUUACAUUGAGUAUACCUACCAGAGUUGUUAGCCAUUGUGAGGAAGAUCAAUCUUGUGGCCAGAGUUUGCAGCAGGCCUUAGUGGCUGCUCGUUUUGAGAGUUGCUCGGUUUGUGGUUCUGAUUCUUUGUCUCCUAAUGGUACAAGAACUCCCACAAAGUUAUCUGGAGAUGAUGAUGAUGAUGAUGAUGAUGAUGAGAGCCAUAAAGCUAAGGAGAUUGUGCCUGUGAAAGGUCUAGAGGAAUUGGUUAGGAAACAGGCUGAACCUAUACCAGGCUGGCCUUUGCUUCGUCGCACUUUUUCUUCCACAGGACAACCCAUUACUACACGUAAACAAAUACCAGUAGCUCAAUGGGCUUUGAAGCUUCCUCCAAGGAACAUUAAGCAAAUUGGUUAUGACUCUUCUCCUGACAAUAGUCAAAGAAAGCUCCCUGAGGAGCUAGAGAGACUUUACAAGAGAUUCUCUUCAACUUGCCAGUUUUUCAAAUACAAGGAACUUGUUUCUGUGACAUCAGACUUCUCCCCUGAUAACUUCAUAGGCAUAGGAGGCAGCAGCAGGGUUUAUAGAGGUUCUUUGUCCAAUGGAAGAGAGGUUGCUGUGAAGAUUCUCAAGCAAACAGAAGAUGUCUUGAAUGAUUUCGUCGCGGAGAUCGAUAUUAUCACAACCCUACACCAUAAGAAUAUUAUUUCCCUAUUAGGCUUUUGCGUUGAAGACAAGAACCUAUUACUUGUUUACAACUAUCUCUCAAGAGGAAGCUUAGAAGAGAACCUUCAUGGAAGCAAGAAAGAUAUGCUUGCAUUCCAAUGGAGAGAGAGGUACAAAGUGGCUAUGGGAGUGGCCGAGGCACUAGACUAUCUGCAUAACAGUGCUUCACAACCUGUCACCCAUAGAGAUGUUAAGUCAUCAAACAUACUGUUAUCUGAUGAUUUUGAGCCUCAGCUUUCUGAUUUUGGGCUUGCGAGGUGGGCUUCUAUAUCUACAACACACAUGAUCUGCUCAGAUGUGGCCGGAACCUUUGGCUACUUGGCUCCAGAGUACUUCAUGUAUGGUAAGGUGAAUGAUAAGAUAGAUGUGUAUGCAUUCGGUGUUGUUCUACUUGAGCUACUUUCUGGAAGGAAACCUAUUAGCAGUGGCUGUCCAAAGGGACAAGAGAGUCUUGUCAUGUGGGCUAAACCAAUUCUAGAAGAUGGAAAGUAUUCUCAGUUAUUAGACCCGAGUUUGCGGGAUAACAAGAACAACAAUGGUGACCAAAUGCAGAGGAUGGUGUUAGCUGCUACUCUUUGUAUUCGACGUAGCCCUCAAGCUAGACCGAAAAUGAGCAGUGUCUUAAAGCUGCUGAAAGGUGAUGAAGACACGCUCGAAUGGGCAAUGCAACAAGUGAGUAGUUCUUCAGAGGAAUCAGAGAUGCUUGAGGAUGAGCAAAGCCAAAGAUCUGACUUGCAGUCACACCUUAACCUUGCGCUUCUUGAUGUUGAAGAUGACUCUAUCUCCAUGGGUAGCUUCGAGCAAGGCGUCUCGGUUGAGGAGUAUAUUAAAGGCAGGACAAGCCGUUCUUCAAGCUUUGACUAAAACCCAAAAGUUUACUGAAGCUAUUAUGUAUAUAUAUGGACUGGUGGUGGAUUUGUGUGGUUCCUUUUUAGUGUCCUCAUACCUCCCCCGGUUUAGGAUUAUUGUGAUUGGUAGUUUUCAAUUGUUUCACAAUUUUCAUCUU